GUGGGGGAUUUGGUGUUAUAAAAGAAGGUUUGAGUUCCUCCUAUAGUAUCUUACACCUAGCUAGCUUCCAUUUCAAGUCUAUCAUCAUCCACCAGAAUGAGUACACUUGAAUCACCACCGAGAUUAGUUUCUCAAGAAUCAGCAUCAACAUUGAUUUCUCAAGAAUCAUCAACAAUAAUUGAAGGAACAGAAGAAAUUAGAAGUGGGGAUGAGAUAUCACUGUUCCGAGGGUGCGUGUUGGAAGGAAGAUGGGAGUUCGUUAUUCCUGCGUACAGAAACGAGAGUGAGUUUCACAAAAUCAGAAUCAACGAAAGCAGAGGCACUGCACUGCAUGUUGCAGUGAAUGAUGGGAAAGUGGAGCUUGUUAACAUUCUUGUUGGAGCAAUAUUGAAUCAUGAAGGAAGGGAAGUGUUGAGGGAUGACAGUGCACUGAGAUCAACGAAUGAGAGAGGUGACACACCUUUGCAUCUUGCAGCCUCAAGAGGGUUCAUUGGCAUGUGUAUAUGCAUGAUUGGGGAAAAUGGUGAAAGGAAGGAUUUGAUUAGGGUUAGGAACAACAAGGGUGAAACACCUCUUUUCAGGGCUGUUCUCACAUGCCAAACGAAGACCUUUGUUUACCUUUACAAUGUUUCCAAAGAUGUAGAUGUUCCUCUUAGGAACUCUGAUGGAGACACCAUCCUUCACCAUGCCAUUUGGAGAGAAUUGUUGGAUUUGGCUAUUAUAAUAGUUCGUUGUUAUCCUGAACUUGCCAAAACGCGAAACAAAGAUGGAGCCACACCUCUCAAAGUUCUUGCUUCUAAACCUUCAGCUUUCAAGAGUGGAAGCAAUCUCCCAUGGUGGAAGAAAAUUCUAUAUUAUGGUAUUCUUGUAGAACCUCUAGACGUUGAGAAAGCUAUAAAAUUCUACAUGGAGAAAGUUGAAGUUGAGGGCCAUCAAGACCAAGGUAUUUCAGUGAGAAUACAGUUGGAAAAUGAAGCCAAGAAAGCACAGAUUUUCGUGGAACGAAAGUAUGCCACAUCUGUUCGAUUUAUAAAGAGUGCUGUUCGAUUUGCCUUCAAAAUUCUGAGUCUUUCAGGAUUGGGUGUCACUGCACAAGACUUGAAAGCAAUAAAGAAGAUAAGGCAGAAACACAAAUGGGGUCGUCAGCUCUUGAAUAUUUUUAUGCAGAGACCUCAUGAGUCGUAUAUGGGAAUUGGUGGGGGUCCACCAUUCAUGACAUUUGACAGAGGAGACAGGAAUUCGGUUCAAAUUACCCAACAACAGUUGCAAAUGGUGGGUGCAGCUAGCUCAGGGCAGAAUCAACAAGAGAAUACUAGAACAGAAUCUGCAGCAAAAAAUGAGGAAAAGGAAACAACAUUUGUGUCGGUGGCGAAAGCUGACAUAGUCGACCUUGUGAACGAGCUUCGAAACAAAGUACCAAGUGCCCCACAUGACCGUACCACCCCUGAGAAGGACAACCUGCUGGUUGUGUCAAUGAAGAACAUCAAAAACAAAAUUGGAGAACACCACGUUGACAAGAAGGAGACUGCCUUUUUGACUGCUGCAAAAAACGGCAUUGUGGAGAUUGUGUUUGAACUUCAAUCAAAAAUACCCAGUGCUGUGCAUGAAACCAACUCCAACAACGAAAACGUGUUGCUUGUGGCAGUGAAGAACAGGCAGACCAAUGUUGUUGAGGUGUUGAGGAAGUGUUUGGAUAAGGAACUGUUCGAUAGCUUAAUUUUGGAAGUGGAUAACAGGGACAACACUGUCUUGCAUUUGGCUGCAGGCACAAUUGGCAACACUGAAAGAACUUGGCAGAUUGCUGGUGCCGCCAUGCAAAUGAUGUGGGAUAUCAAGUGGUAUCAGUACGUGAGAACCCUGGUGCCAGAACAUUUCACAUUCAGAACGAACAAGGACGACAAAACCGGUGGGGAGAUCUUCAAGCAGAAGCACAAAGACCUGGUGAAGGAGAGCUCGGAGUGGCUGAAGGAAACCUCCAACUCCUGCUCGGUGGUGGCUGCCCUAAUCGCCGGCGUCUCUUUUGCCACCUCGAGCUCCGUGCCUGGUGGCACCGACAAUGGAAAGCCGGAGCUAGAAGGGCAGCCGGCAUUCGACGCAUUCGCCAUCGCGUCCCUGAUCGGGCUCUGCUUCUCAGUGACCGCCCUGAUCAUGUUCCUGGCGAUCAUGACCUCCCGGAAACAGGCGCAGGACUUCCGGAAGAGCUUGCCAUUGAAGCUCCUGUUCGGCCUGAGCUCUCUCUUCGUCUCCAUUGCUUCCAUGCUGGUUUCCUUCUGCGCUGCGCAUUUCUUCGUGCUGAAAGACAAGUACAAGAACAUCUUGUUCCCUGUCUACAUUGCCACUUGUUUGCCUGUCACUUUCUAUGCAGUGGUGCAGUUUCCUCUCUAUGCUGAUCUGCUUAAAGCCAUUUUCAAGAAGGUCCCACAACCAAGUAUUACCAGCAGCCAGUUUUAGAGGACUUUUUCUUCACUCCGGAUUUUCCAUUUGGUGUAUCCUCUGUUAUUCUUUUAUAAUAAAGUGAUUUUGAUAUAAUAACUUCUUUUAAUAUAUUUAAAAAAAAAUUUUGAAGGCAGAACAUUUAGCAACAUACAAAAAUUCAUCAGUAACUAAACUUUUGUUUUUCUUUUAACACUCCUUAUGAUCAUCACA